GGCACACCAGCGUUACCGCUGGCCGUAUGACAGCUUCCCAACCGUGCAGCGGAUCGCGCACUACUCACAACCGUCUCGACCGUUCGCCGAAGCGGUAGGAACCUUGGAAAAGCCGCGUACAGCGUACAGUGUAGUGCGAGAGCGAGCGAGCGCCGCCAGGUCCCAGGGAAAAUUUGGCGAAACCGCUCAUCGCUGAGGCCCCCGUCACUCCCAAGCGGUUGAGCCUAUCCACCGUUUGCGUUGCACCGAGGGAAAGGCACAACACGGCGGUGUGUGGCGUAGCUGUUAAGGAAAGCUGUCGGGGAAAACUGCCCACCAGUGCUGUGUGUAGUGUGGUCGCGCGCGUUUCCCAACCACGGCCUUGUGCGUUAGCGCCUCGGAAGCGCAAAGUGACGUGAGUGGAUUGUUUUUUCUUUCUUUUCUGGUGGUGUGUCCAGUGUGUGUGUUUGUGUUUGUCUGUGUCUAAAGCCAAUUUUCCGAAAGGUGUCCAUUGCCUGCUAACUUUCCCGAGGUUGCGCGAGGAAGAAAAACCCGUGCAGGAAAAGAAAAGCGUAGUAACAGCGUUACGUAGUUGCGUCCAGUGGCGUUUAGCUUGAAAUGCAGCCGUGUGCAGUCGAGUCGGUGAAAAAGUGUUUUUCCGAACGGUGAUCAAGAAAAGCGUGGAUAACAACGUACGCACGCACAUCGCUCAAUGGAGUACUAAAAGUUCGAUCGAUCGCCAGUUUUCUUCAAGCAACCAAUCUUCCCCACCAGCAACAACAAUCAAGUGGCGACAGAUCGAUCGAUCGUGUGUGUGUGUGUGUGUUUGUUUGUUGCGUGUUCGUGCGUUCAGGGACAUAACAGGCCCGUACGCACAGAGCAAGUAGCGCAACGCUGUGUAUAGCAGGAAGCUGUUAGCCCGCUGGUGACGACCAAAUCGAUAGGCAGGCCGCGGGCAAACGUGUUGCAGAACCAGCCUAAAAGUGGAGUAUACUGCCGAUUACAAGGAAUCCAGAUACCGGCUGCAUCUGGAUUCGUCCCAUGCUCAAACGAUGACCUCGAUUGAGCGUCCAGCCGGAGGUGCUCUCGCGCUGCACUAUGCAGCGGCCCGCGGUUGCCUCGAUUGCGUGCGCCUGCUCACUGAAGCUGCACCGGACAUUAGCGCCAACACGCAAAUGGACAACGAUGUGACGCCGGUGUAUCUGGCCGCGCAGGAGGGCCAUCUGGAGGUGCUGAAGUUUCUCGUGCUGGAAGCGGGCGGUUCACUGUACGUGCGGGCCCGCGAUGGCAUGGCACCGAUCCAUGCGGCCUCGCAGAUGGGAUGUCUCGAUUGCCUUAAGUGGAUGAUCGAGGAUCAGGCAGUGGAUCCGAACUUGCGCGAUGGUGAUGGUGCCACACCGCUCCAUUUCGCGGCAUCCCGUGGCCAUCUGAGCGUUGUCCGGUGGUUGCUAAACCAUGGCGCCAAGCUAUCGCUGGACAAGUACGGGAAAAGCCCAAUCAAUGAUGCGGCCGAAAAUCAGCAGGUCGAGUGCCUGAACGCACUGGUACAGCACGGCAACAUGAAUGGGGUGAGUGGUGGUGACGCACCGGACAAUCAAACUUCGCCCAAGCAACAUCGCCAUCAGCUGCACGACGCGUACCAAUCGCAGGUUCUGCCGGGUGGUGUGGGUGCUGCUCCCGGAUCACUGCCCAAGCAGGCACGCGUUUCGCGCAAGAGUUCGGCCGGCGGGAAUCAUGGGCGGCCGGGUAAGCCGCUGAUCGGUGGCCAUGGCCACAAUCAUCACAGCAACACGAUGAUGUCGACAAAGUCUUCCACCGGCAGCUCGGACUCGGAACCGUUCUAUCUACAUCCGCCGACGAUUCGCAAAACGAAGGACGGCCUGUACGCUAGACAGUCCCCGGACAGCUAUUACGGACCGGUGCUACCGAACGAUGGGGUGUACGUGAAUCCGAUGCGCCGCGGUUCUUCAACACCGCCGAGCCCGAGUGGCAGCAUCUCCGGUGAAUCGUUCUUUCUCCACGACCCGCAGGAGGUGAUCUACAAUCGCGUGAAGGAUCUGUUCGAUGCUGACAGUGGGCUAAAGGAUGAGAAGAUCGUCAACAAUCGAUCGAUAGUGCAAGCUGAGGUUCAUUCGAGUAGCAGCGGAGCUGCCAGCGGUUCUGACGAGGACCUCUCUGUGUCCUCCUCACACUCCGGUGGUGAUGGUGGUGGAGGUGGUGGUGGCGGAGGUGGUGGUGGUGGUGGUGGUGGAGGUAGUGGCAUCGGUGGUGUAGGCAGUGCCGGUGGCGGACCCGGGAUAGACCUGAUCAACGGCAAUCUCUCCAAGACCUCCAAUGUGAACAGUAGCGCCACCAGCCACGAACACGACUACGAGGACAUCUAUCUGAUGCGGGAGGAAACGCAGUACGUUGGUGGUACGCCGAACCGUAGCGCCAUCGGACGGAGCCGUUCGAGGGAUAGUGGUUCGCACAGCCGGUCGGCCAGUGCCAGCUCGAACCGUAGCGACGUCGUACUGCAGCUCACUGGCAGCGGCAACAAUAAUCAGUCCUCGCUGGUGAGCAACAACAAGGAGCAUAUGCUGCUGGCCAAAAGGAACAAUCUGCUGUACGAGCAGCAGCGCGGCCAGCACGGUACGAAACCGUUGUCCACGAAAUCCAUCUACAGCAUGGGCAAGGGCACCAAGGGUUCGAACCAUCCGUACCCGGGGAUGGUGCCGCAGCGCAAGCACGCCGACGACUACUCCACCAACACGCUGCGCUCGUCCUGCACCGGGGACAACGCGUACGAGAGCGUCUGCUCGCCGGAGGACGUGUACGAGCGGGCGGCCGAGAUGGGACUCGGUGGCAGCAAGCAGCUUCCGCCGCACGCCAAGUCCCAUCAGUCGCCGAGCGCGUUCGCGGGAGCAAAUGGAACAACCGUUAGCGCGAAUGGUGCCACUAACGGUACCGGUGCUCAUGCAGCAGCCACGUCGUCCGCGGCGCCACCGUCCGCAUCGGCCGCAGCCAAACGAAACGGGCCGACGCAGCUGAAUGAAGAAAAUGAAAAUGCAGGACCUCCGCCACCCCCACUUCCCCCACCGCUGAAGGCAAGCAACUACGGACAUAUUGGGCACGGGGCGCAUCCGGCCGCGGCUGCUGCAGCAGCGGCAGCGGCAGCCGCUGCCGCCGUUGCCGCCGCCACACUAAUUGGCGGAUCGCGCGAUGGCUACGAGUACGCGAAAAAUGUGCGCCCGGGCUACGACCAGCAGACCGUGGCGUACGGUGAACAGCAACAGUACCUUAAUGUGCCGCACAAGCGGCUGCUGCACGGUGGCGGUGGACAUACGGACGGCGGGGAGCAAAACAAUGGCGAACAUCAGGAUUCGGAUUCUGGGCUGGAGGUGCUGGAGGAGUCGACGCUGAAACCGUCCGAUCUGAUUCGUGGCAAUCACAACCGUAGUAUGUCGAUUAUAUCCGCGAAUAAGAAAGCCAAACUAAUUCAAGCGAACGGCAACGCUGGUGGUGGCGGCGGCGGCGGCGGCAGCAACCUACAUAGCCUAUGUGCGGCGGAUACCAGCUUACCAUACGGCUCCAAGCCGUCCCGUACCGGAGCAGCAACGUCAGUCGACGACCAGCACUGCCAUCAGCAACAUCACCAUCAACCGCGGCUGGUCAACAUCCAGCCGGCACCAGCAAGCAACCAUCAGCAGCAGCAGCAGCAUCAGCAGGGACAUCCGGGACCGAACCUGGUAAACAAGCAGCUAGUGCUACCGUUCGUGCCACCCAGCUUCCCGAAUGGUACCGGUGACGGUUCCAACCAUCUCAUCAAACCGUCCGAAUAUCUGAAAAGCAUCAGUGACAAGAAAUCCAAUGCAGGCUCGCAAAGAUCAUCUGACACGGAGGAUUAUAUGCCAUUGAACACGGCCCUGAUUGUGCAGGCGGGAUCGGAACCACCGAAACCGCCCCCACCACCCCCAGCACCACCGCUCCACACCCUGCACAGCGCGAUCCUGUCCGGGUCGGCAACGUUACAGUCCGCGCUGUCGCACCACAGCGCCACCGGUGGGGCACGGUCCGGCGAACCGGCGGCCGGCGAGAAGGGCCCGAGUGGCGGUGCGCAUCCACCGCCCCCACCACCCCCCCAGGACACCGACAUCCGGAAGCUGCAUCAGCCACUGUCCGCCAUCUCGAUCCAGGACCUGAACAGUGUGCAGCUGCGCCGCACCGACAAGAUGCUGGCGAAAACGUAUUCCGCGCCGACGCGCAGCAUCAGCAUGCAGUGUCUGUCCAGCACGAGCGAGCAGUUCCUGUCGCAGAAGACGGACCUCAUAGCGGAGCUGAAGAUGUCGAAGGACAUUGCCGGCGUGAAGAAGAUGAAGGUCGAGCGGGCGAAGCUGGAGGACCGGCAGGCGAACGAGGUGUACUCGGAGGUGACGCGCCAGUUUACCGCACAGAACUACGUCGAUCAGGUACCGGAGCGCGACAACGCCGGCAACAUCAUACCGGACUGGAAGCGGCAGAUGCUCGCCAAGAAGGCGGCCGAAAAGGCGAAGAAGGAGUUUGAGGAGCGGUUAGCGCGCGAGGCGGAGGAUCGCCGGCUGUCCGCGAUUCCGAAAUGGAAGCGUGAUCUGAUCGCACGCAAGGAGGAGGCAGAGAACAAGCUGAAGUCGUCCAUAUACACACCAAAAGUAGAGGAACCGCAGCGCCGGUCAGACACAUGGCGCAACCGGAUCACGCAAAGGGCCAUGUCGAUCGACAACAUCAGCUCGUACGGGGCCGAAUCCGAACCGGGCAUGCUGCGCUACAACAAGGAAAACCAGUAUCAGUACCCGUCCAUCAACAAUGGGCCCGCCGGUGGCGGCCAUUUCGGACAACCGAACGGACCGAACGGCAAAACGUCGAAUGGUGGGUCGGCUGGCGGCAAUGGCACGAGUGCACCACGCUGCUCGAUGGAAAACAUCAGCAAUGGUAAGCUGGAAGGUGGUACGGCACACGGUUACCAUCUGCCGGACAUGGCACCGUCCACGCCGAGCGAAUCCGUGUGUGCCAACGACGAUGACGACAGUGAGCAGAUUAUCCCGUGGCGAGCACACCUGCGAAAAACCAACAGUCGACUAUCGCUCAUCGGCUAAGCGGAGAUGUGGGAGGACCACAGUGGAGUUCUUGGAGAGCAAACAAGCGGGGGAGGAGAAAAAAAAAACGCUCAGUAAAUAGGCAGUUAUCAGUUUCACUUGAUCAGUAUCAGCUUCCUGCAAUGCGCAUCAACAAACUUCAGACUUGCUAGAGAGAUAGCUAGAUAGCUGUCGAGAGAGAGAGAGAGAGAGAGAGAGAGAAAAGGGGAAUUGGAAACUUCAAAAAAGGGACUUCAAAAUUCCAGAUUCCACACUUUUGUAUUGCAUAAUAGAUGGAUACUACAAAACCUAGAAGAAGACUAGCAAUCGCGAGAGAGAGAGAGAGAGAGAAAACUAAACGCCGAAGAUUUCGUUGCAAUAUUAUUUUUAUUAAUACAAUUGUUACUAUUAUCUGUACUUUAAUUAUUGUUGUUAUUAUUAUUAUCGUAAUUAUUAUAAUUAUUAUUGCUAUUAUAAUUUACAUCUCACAACGCGGUUCUUUCGAUAUCCUAUACUGUUGUGCUGAGCUCGCUGUUGAAACGCGUGAACUAACUGAACAUAGGUUUUUUUUUUUACUAUUAUUACUACACCUAUUGCAGCAAGCGACGGUGGGGCUCAAUCAAUAGCUAAUAGCAGUUAUAAGUAUGGCGCUACCUUUAGUGAUAUACAUCUUAUACCUAUUCCGGAAUAUACUAGAAUACCCGUCUGAAUAGAUAGUGCUUUCGUUCCUUCCUUCAUUUUUUGCCUUUGGCCCCGUUUUUUUCUCUCGUAAUAUAUUCGGUUAAUCGGUUUUGGGUUGGUGAGUCGUAGCUAGGACUAGAACACUGAAACUAAAUAUUUGAAGCCAAUGACGGUGCACGAUCGUUCGGAUUUGGACGUUUCCCCCUCCAGAGAAGGCAAUGUGCAAUUUAUGCUUUGGUGAUACGCUGUGAAGUGUAAAGCAGUAGGAGGAAAAGUUAUAGCAAACACAAAAUCGAAAAUGUUACAGAAAACCCCCUGAAAACUACCGGUACUGGUGGAAGUAAUGCUCAAACAAGGCCCCGCAAUGAUAUAUAUACAUUCUGCGAUAGGGCUCUGUACAUCAUUAGUGGAAACUUUUAUGCGACAUUUAAUGGAAAUUAGUCAUGUUAUGGUCUGCAAAAAAAACUUA